UGCUAUAAAUUUUAUUUACUUCACGAAACUUCUUGCUUCUUCAUACAGAUUGCAUACCAAAAAUUAAUGAAACUUUAUGGAUUGAAUCCUCUUCCUUCCAGCCGGUUUUCCGGUAUGGAUCCGACCACCAAUUCGCAGAUUUUGACGUUUUUUGUUUGCUCUCUGGUUAUGAAUGCUCGUUCCUGGCGAGAAGCUGGGUUUUAGUUCGCUGAAAGUUACGGAGAAGCUCUGCGCUGCGGUUUUCCCGAUUAUAGUUGUAAUCGAUGCGCUGAUUUUCGCGAUUUCCGGUUGUUUUGGAAGCCGAGAUUCGAAUCGUAGCAAGAAGUUGCAAUAUGGGCACAAGGAGAUUAUUCGUCUAUCGCAGGAAUCUAAUUUUACGGUAAAUGAGAUUGAGGCUUUGCACGAGUUGUUUAAGAAGUUAAGUAGUUCAAUAAUCGAUGAUGGAUUGAUACACAAGGAAGAGCUUAAGCUAGCAUUGUUCAGAACAGCAUGUGCUGAGAACCUUUUCUUGGAUCGGGUGUUUGAUCUUUUUGAUGAGAAAAGAAAUGGCGUGAUUGACCUGGAAGAAUUCAUUCAUUCACUCAAUGUAUUCCACCCUAAUGCUCCUAUUGAAGACAAAACUGAUUUUGCAUUCAAGCUUUAUGAUCUUAGACAGACUGGUUUCAUAGAGCGGGAAGAAGUCAAACAGAUGGUGAUUGCAAUACUAAUGGAAUCUGAUAUGAACCUAACUGACGACCUGGUAGAGCAAAUAGUUGACAGGACUUUUGCUGAAGCAGAUGCGGAUGAGGAUGGUAGACUCAGUAAAGAGGACUGGAACGCAUUCGUUAUGCAGCAUCCAUCUCUCCUGAAAAACAUGACUCUACCUUAUUUGCAGAACAUCACGACUUGCUUCCCAAGUUUUGUGAUUAACACAGAGGUUGAAGAUUAGAAUCUCCUCAGCACAGCGUGGGGUCUUUUAUUCAGUUUAAAUCUUUGGUAUGUUAGUGGGCACUAGUUAUUUUGUUCAGAAAUUUGAAACUAGCUACUUCUCAAUGGUAUCAAUCUCAUCCAAUUCUGGGGUUCUUUUGUAUGAAUGUUUUUUUAUUGCUUGGUUUGUACGAACAUGACCGCUGUAAAUAUUGCAUCUUGCCUCUCUCAAAUAGUAGUCGACGAAUCAAA